CAGUGCAGUACAGCGAUCACAAGCUCUUUUCACACCGAUGUCAACUAUUUUCGCAAAUGUCUGUAGGCUAGCUAGCUCUCUAGCUCUACCAGGGAAUAUCAAAACAACAGACGAAACGAACUGCAUGUAGACUCUAAAGAAUACUGCAUCGCCAAUUGUGGAGUCUUUGUCAGUUUCGUGCCCGCUCGUGGCCGUUGCUGUUAUUGUCGGGGAGCGGAAGAGCGUUUUAGCGUAGGUUUAUCGUACGGUCCCUUCUUUAUCGUUUGCCUUUCUUCGCACCGCGGUCAGCUGUGAAUUUCCUGCCAUCAAUGACUGGCAGCCACGGAACAUCGGUGCACACAUCUGCACUACUCUCUGUAGAGGAUACAGUCUGAGCUGGAACACCUGCCAAAGCUGCCAGUAUGCCUCCCAAACGGAAGAAGAGUGCGAAGAACAAGCUUGCCAAGAUGACUGAAGAGGAACGCGCCGAGUACCUCAAGCAGCAGCUCAUCAAAGAAGAGCAGAUGAAGAAGCAGAAGGAAGAGUUGCUGGUGCUGUUCCUCAAGGAGAAGCUGGUCAAGGAGGAGAGGGCCGCCCGGCACAACAUGGUGCGAAUACAGAACCAGUGGAUCCACAUCAUGAGACUGUUCAAGGCACGUGACCUGAAGAGCGAGAUCGAGUCGCUGUCUAAGGAGUUUGAAAAGCAGAUCGAUCGCAAGAUGGCUAUCACACAGAGUCUCAUUACGGACAUGGAGCAGAGCGAAGAGCAGCAGAUGAUGCGCAUGAGACGAUAUGCGGAAAGCCUGGACGAGCUUAUUGCUCUUCAAGCCCAGCGACUCGUUGACCUGGAGAAUGCCUUCGAGACGGAGUUGGCCACUCUGGAAACGGAGUUUGAAGAGGAACGGAGUUUGAUGAUAGCACUGCACAAAAAGAACUUGUCCGACGAGGCCGACAUUCGUUUCUGCAUCCGGACAAAGUUCACGAAAGAGGAGGAGACGGCAAAGGCCGAGUUCCAGAUGGAAUGUGAUGAGCUGAAGAACAAGAAUCUUGAAGAUAAACACUCGUUGCGGAUGAUGCUGGAACAGCAGCUUGCCGACAUGUGGGACGAGUUCCGAAGGACGACCAAGGACUACCAGGAGUGCACCCAGGAACGGCGCAAGCAGUUUGACGCUCUCAAGGAUCGCGACCAGAAGCUGAGCAAGGAGAUUGAUGAACAGGGCAAGAAGCUAAAGUUGCUGGAGCGGAAAAUCGAGGGCUGCAAACGAGAGCUGAAGUCUACAACUCAAGUGGCUACGGAGCGGCAAAGGAUGUUGAAAGAGCAAAAGGCAAGUCUUCUCUCUCAGUUUCAAGACAUGAAGGGGUACAUGACACAGUUCUCGCAGGCGGAAAUGAGAAAGCUGAAACGACUGUGCACGCAGAGCGAAGACUGCAUCCGAGAUGUCGAUCAGAAAGUCAAACUGGGAGAGGAGGUGCUGUCGCUAGCCGAGAUCUGUCGUCAUUACGAGACCGAGCAGGAGAAGAUUCUACCGUUCUACACAACCGCGGUGGACUCUGAUCCUGAGCUAGUACUGGCGCAGCAGGUCGAGCGCAAUGCCGAAUUUCCGGAGGACUUGAGACAGGUCGUGGAUCUGUCAGAGACCUUGGAGGGCUUCUGGAAGCGAUUCAACAAGGUGAAACUGGACGACUUGGCGGUGAGCAAGGAACUGGACCAGGCCAAGGAACACAACAAGAAUCUCCAGGCUGUACUGGGGAAAUACUUGGAAGGUCUGUCCGUGCCACAGAAUGUCAUGGCUCAGGCCAACCCGCUUGUUGUGGUGAAGCGACAUGCUCCACAGGCCAGGGAUCCAGCAGUACAGGCUCGGAGUAUCCUGCCAGUGGGUGCCGACAAACAGAAAUCGUCCUCUGGGGCCACGACGGCCGCUGCUGCUGCCGGUGCGGCUGCUCUCAGGCGAGCCAAUCAGAAGCCCGUCGUCGAGGCAGCGCAUGCCGUUAAGAACCUGACGUUAGCGUGAGAUCUUGGGUACUUCGUCCGUAACGGUGGAGUACUUGGCCAUGCGCGAACACAUGCUGAUGUAUGGAUGUGAUGCAAUGACACACCAAUGUGAACAUGCGGUCAUGUGCUUCCUGGCUUGCACCGUUCCUUCCAGUCGGCCGAAGACUGCACUUUUCGUGUGUCCUCAGCAUCGCAGACUCCGGUUUUCCCAUCGCUCUUGAUCAUUCUCGGAAGCGAUCAUCGACUUGCCGUGCGUUCAUGAGAGCCGUGUGGUCGUCCCUCACCUCGUGUACCACAUUCGGCGCACCUUAUGUACCUUGGAACGUUUACUCUAUGUAUUCUUCUUGAGCUGCUCGUUGUAACACUCA